GUGUCCCCAAAAGGCCAGGCACCCGGAGGUUCCCCAGACGUACAACAACACAGCCCUGGUGCUAUGGAAACCAGCCGACACCAAGCCCCCUGUAGCUACUCUCUGGAGAGGAAGACAGAAGGUGAUGCCAACUGGCUGAUCAUAGCGACUGGAGUGGCUGACUGUUACUACAAUGUCACAGACCUGCCACCAGGGGGCGCCUUUAGGUUCAGAGUGGCCUGCGUCAACAAGGCUGGACAGGGACCCUACAGCAACACAUCGGACAAAGUCAGCCUGGACUCAACAGUAGGCGUGUCCUCUCCAGCGGUGGCCAUUGUGAAGACAAUCUCCUCACCUCCCUCCCACCCUGCCCCAGCAGCUACCACCUUAGUGACUGUUAUCACAAAGGUCAAACCAGCAGUAAUGCAACCUCCUGGUAAAACGGUGUCCACUGUCUCUCCCUCUUCACCCUCCCUUACACAGACCUCUCUAACCUUCCCUGCUCCCACCGCAGCUCUCUCUCCCUCUACACCUUCGGCCCCCGCCAGCCCUGCCAUCACAACCCCUCCAACUGAACACCUGACGGUCACCCCUACCACCCCUCCAACUCUCUCCUCCCCGCCUGUAGUCAAACCUCCUCCCUUCAUCCUCCCCAAACCCCAGAGUCCUGUCAAUGUGGUCCCACCCAUGACCCAAACCCCGCCCAUCUCUCCCCCUCUCCCUCUCGUUACACCUCCUUCCACCCCCACUAAGCCCGUCAUGGCAUCCGUUCCUACCUACACCCUGCCGCCACUGCCCGUAUGGCCCCCAGCCCCCUCCCGGCCCCCUCAUUCUCCCCCCAAGUGCUCCAGGUCAGCAGUCUGA